AUGUAUGGAUUUAUUAUUGCCGGAAGCACUACCAACGGGCCAGAAACUAUCCAGAACAUGCUCGCGUGGGGCGGAGUGGAAAGCUUCAACCUCCAGCUACGUCGACGAGAGACCUGGCGUACAACUAUACAGGCCAACGAAAGUAACAAAGAUGACAAAAAUGACGAAGCCGAUGAGGACGAAGAUAUCCCAGAUGUUAAGGCUGAAGACCAUAAGGCAGGCGAGUCCUCUCCAAGCAGUCUGGCUGGGACAUUUACACCCAUCAAUCACGAUCGAAGUAUCAGCUCUUGUGAGGAAACAGGGGAAGCAGACUACGACGGUAACGAGGAGCAACAUGGGGCCAAGAGUCUGAUGUGCAACACGCCAACAGAGGAUAUAACGACGACGACGACGACGACGACGACGACGGAUAGGAAGAAAAAGAGAUCCCCAACUAUCAUCCCGCGUCCGGUCCCCGGAUGGCUUCACACUCGAGUUGGCCCCUAUAAGACCUUCAAUGAAAUCCUGUCAACCCUCCAUGACCUGCGCGCGCACUUGGCGGAAAUCGUUCACCAAGAACAAAUUCCUCACUUCCCUGACAUCGAAAUUUUGCCAAACCUAUGCCCACUUGCCGCCACUCCCAGUCGCACCGUCCGUGCUGCUGCUCGUCCUACCCUCCAACCUCUCAUUCCUUUCAUUGACGCACCUACUCCUCUAACCGGCCCCAUCAUAUCUUCCCCCACACAAACCCUUCCCCGGCGACGCGCUACUAGCUUAACCCUUCACCGUCCUUCUUUUCCCUCCGAGACUGCAGUUCUGGGGGCGAAGAACACCCUAGAGGCCAGCGCUGGCCACACCAGAGUCCGCCGCGAUACUUACCCUAGCAUUGCGCUCCCCGCAGAAGACUCCGAUGCUACUGACAUGGCUACUGAAGUUAACGAUAACGAUGCAAGCAACACAUCCCUCGAGUUCGCUAUUCGCCGCGCGGUUCGUCUCACCAAUGCGAGCCGUCGUGUCUCGAGAGUUUCCGAGCACGGCGCGGUUAAUAAGACGACGAAGAAGAAGAAGAAAUGA